GUUUGGCUUCCCAGCCUUCCUUCAGCCACAGAUCCUUCAUUUCUUUUUCUUUUCGCCUGGUUGUUGGCUUACGCAACACGCCUCAUCCCCUUCCAUGCCUCCCAGCUCGUCCGGAUGCCCUGCGUGUCUUCCUUCCUCCACCGCCGUGCCCCGGGCAAGGCGACAGCAGGUGGCGUCUCGCCUUCUGCCAAGCGACUGCUCCCUGGUGUCAGCAGAGGGCCCGCGCACCUUCCUCCCGCUCCAACGAGACCUCCAUCAGGUUGGGAUGGAGUGCCAAUGGAGUGGUGUUUGGAUGAUAGGGAUGAAUGUAUGAUGUAUUUUGUUGCUGUGUGUAUGCUCAUGUGUCUUCUUUCGUCAUGUCUGUCUGCAGGCGAAACGGUCCUUUUCUCGAUCUCAGAAGGUUGGCACAAGUGUCGAGACUGCACACUUCAAUGUCUUUGUUGGCUGCUGUUCAGACGUGCGACCCCUUAGGAGCCACAGGAAGGAGACGAGCACGAGGAGGAAGGAGAAGAACACGAGGUGGAUGGCAUGGACGCACUACAUAUAAUGCAAUGACAUGCACUCACCAACGAGGGAGGGAGGGAGGGUCUUGAAAAGGAGGGGGAAAGCACCUCUCUCUUUCCUCUCUCUCGUUCCCUCUUUCGAUUUCUCAAGUGCAUGUGGCACGUGCCAGAAACAUCGGCUGUUUAUGCGCGUAUGUGUGCUGAAACUGUUUUCUUCUUCCAUCCCGUCUCUUGUCUCGACUUUGCCAUGGCUGGCAGAGGGAGGGCACAUGUAUCUGUAUGUGUUUGUGUUUGUGUGUGUCGUGCACGGCCAUCCCGCCGCCUGCCAAUCGCCGGCCGGCCGGUCGGUCGGCGAGGCGGAUCUAGACUGCUGUGUCUUUUCGUGCUAUACAGUAUUCGCAAGUAAGGCACUCAUUGGAGUGAUUUCAACGCAGCAAGGGGAGGAGGAGGGGUGAGGGAUUCCUGUAUGGACAAUCGGUCGGCUGCAUGUCUGAGGUCCAUGGGCAUGGCCUUUUUUUUUCCACCAACCGGGCUGCCUGCACGCUCUUUUCGGGGAGGGAAAUCACCAACUCUUCUUCUUUUUGUCGCACUUGUCGGUCACUUUUCACUCCACCUCACCCGUGCUUCGUUCGUGUUUGUGUUUUGUGUCUGUCUGUCUGUCUGGUUGGUUGGCUAGCUGGCUGCGUCAUGGGACAGUGGGACACCAUCGUUGUACGUGGGGACACGGAAGACCUAGACACAACGUCAGGACUUCCGUCUGUAUACUACACAGACCAGCCACCACGCACACACACACCGGUAUGUGAUUCACAGCCAGAAGAUAUAAAAUGUAGGCUGCUGUAGUGAGUGUGCGCUAUGGGUGGACGGAUGGAUGGCUGGAUGGAUGGGCGAGGGACGUCGCCGGACUGACGUGCAUGCGGGACGGAGGGAGACUAGGACUGGCUGUGGCUGGGUGUAAUGGAUGGAUAAAUGGCAUGACCGCAAUACACACGUACGUGGUAGCCAGACCCCGAUGGGGUGUGCAGGG